GCUUGGUUGGUGUGUGAAUGCCAAUAAAUACAACAAAUGUAAUUGUUUUCCUAAUAUUUUUUAAGAAUUUGAAUGAAAAAGUGCCGAGGUAGUGGUGAAAGAUGAGUGCGACAAAGAACGGGCCUAUUGUGGACCCGGCUCUGUGUAGAUGUUGUAGGGCUAUAAAAAAAUGUAGGAUUCUCACCGCUGAGUACACUUGGAUGGAACAGAAGGAAGUGUACGCCGACAUGGUUAUGGACUGUUUUGGGAUUUUAUUAUCACAUGUUGACGAAAAUGAGAAGGACAGUGGCGUGUGCGCCACAUGUGUGGUACGAUUACGAGACGCGUGCGCCUUCCGCGAGCAGGUACUGCAGUGUGAGCAGUUGUUCCUGCAGGCCAAGAUGGAGGACAAGGAAGUGGAUGAACCCAAGAAAGAUGCAAUGGAUAUUGAACUCAAAACGGAGCCGAAAGACGACAUCAGCGACCACAAUUCAAUCGGCGAAAGGGACCAUGAUGAUGGGCUUUCUGUGGAUUAUUCGGCUGACGAAGAAUACAAACCACCGAAAGAAGAAGGAGGAAAGGAAGAAGUAAAAGUCGACCCCCCUCUACCACUACCUCUGCCGGCCCAAGAGAACCAAGAUCAAAAGCCCACAAAAGACAGUGAUUUCUCAGAUUCAUCAUCAAACUCGGACAAACCUCUCAAAAGGAAAAAGAAGACGACGAAGAAAAGUAAAAAAGAGACUGCAGAGAAGAAGAAGAAAGAAGGUAAAACGAAGACGAAGCAGAAAGCUGGAUCAUCCGCAAAGAAAACAAAAGCUAUAAAGAGGCCUCCUGUCGAAAAGAAGAACACUUAUGACAGAGAUAUGGACUGCAUGGCCGAAGAGAACCUCCUUACAAUAAUCCAGUACUCAUAUGUAUGUCCCUUUAAGAACCGUAGGAACAAUUACUACUGCUUCUAUUGCAAAGACUACUAUCCAAAGCCAGAAGACCUCAGAGAACACACAUUGACACACGAUACAAAACCAUUCCAGUUCCUAAUGGGUUACAAGAAAAUGCCAAAACUGGACAUAACUAGAAUCGACUGCAAGCUGUGUCCAAUGAAAAUCGACGACUUAAAUGUGUUCAAACAGCAUGUAGACCAAGUCCAUAACAAGAAGAUUUACUUUGAAGCGCCUGAUAAGAUUCUGCAGUACCGAUUGACGUGGAACGACCUAGUUUGUGUCAUAUGCAGCGACGUUUUCGAAGAUUUCAACACGUUACACACGCACAUGGUCGACACGCAUUUCAGUAAUUUCACAUGCGACAUAUGCGGCGUCUGUUUCCUGGAGAAACCUCGUUUAGACGCGCAUUUGAAACGGCAUAAGGACGACGAGAGGCACACGUGCGAAAUCUGCGGGAAAGUGUUCAAAUCAAACCACUACAAGGACAUGCACGUCGAUAUUGUUCAUAAAAAGAAAGCUAUCAUUCGCUGCCCGCGUUGCGACGAGUGUUUCAUGUCUUACGCGGCGAAAAACAAGCAUUUAACAGAGGCACACGGUCAAAAACGGACGUAUCCUUGCAAUUUAUGCGACAAGGUGUAUAAUAGACAGAAAACAUUAACGGAACAUCAAAGGAGGAACCACCAGAAAGUAUUAAAGCACCAGUGUGAAUACUGCGAUCAAAGGUUUUACCUACCUUCGAGGUUGAAGGAGCAUAUGGCGACUCAUACUGGAGAAAGAAACUUCAGAUGCGAGUACUGUGACAAGAGUUAUCCCCGGCUAAAGAGCCUGCAGUACCACAUAAGGACACAUACCAACGACAGAAGGUUUAGAUGUCAUAUAUGUGGACAAGCAUUUAUACAGAACGCGAGUCUCAAGUCGCAUAUAAAGAGUCACCACCCCGAGUGUGAUAUAGAAGGCUGCUACUUUUAAACUUCCAACUUACAAUAAGACUCGGUAUUUACCUCAGUGAGGCUUAGCAUAAUAUUACGUAUAUAUUGAAGUGAAACAGGCUAAUUGCAUGCGUCAUAUCGCGAACGGAAAAUUUCCUUUCUUAUUUCGGCGACACGAUGCGCAGAGGUGAUCACAGUUUAGAAAAACUGAUUGUGGUUUGGGAACACUGAAGGCAAAAGAUCGCGUGGUCAUUCACCAACUAGAUGGACUGAUCAAGUGAAAGACUCGUGGUCAUCCAAGCUCUACACAGUCGUAAGCGCUGGACAGAAACCAGUGGAGGCAGAUCAUCCGCUCCAGGUGCAACCCUGGUGGUGACCACGAUCCUCAGAUAUGAGGGACCGACCCAAGAGAGAGAUCGCGAACGGGCAUUUUCAUCUGGAAGAAACUUUGAAUCUGGAAGAAACUUAAAAUAAACAGCCUAUAUACCUGAAACUGCUGGACACAGGUCUUCCCUUAGUCAACCGGAUAGAUAGUGAUUAUAUCAGGCGUUUACAAAGCUAUAUAUACGAUAUUUUAGUAGGUUGAUACGUUUAGCGUGCCUUUAAUAUUUACUUCCAAAAAUGUGUCUAUCCUACCUGUUUUAUUAACUGUGUCAUAUUAUAAAUCUAUUGCUUGAGCUCAAACUAAGAAAGGUCAGGGGGGCUAAGAGGACACAUCGAAGCAAUUUAUCUAAAAAAGCAAUAAUGCAAUUUGACAUUUGCGCAUAUAAAAGUAAGUGCGCAAUGAAAACAAAUCUCUCUCUCUCUCUUUAUUUAAGAGCUGCGCUCUUGUCGGUGAAGUAAUCGCCAUUACUCCAUAGAUAGGGCGUGUAGAACGGUGGUUGCCCCAAUCGCCUUCCGUUCCGCAGUACACCGACCAAUUUCUCGGUGAUGUUCUAGCUAGAGCCCUACCAGAAUCCAUUUCCUCGGCCUCAAACCAGUACUGAUACCGCUGCUGUCCGGCAUCAGGGGUGGGUGAAAACAAACAAAGAGCAAUAUUGCUUUUUGAUUUGAUUUGAAUUGCUUCAAUAUGGCCAUUUUAACCCUCCUAAAAUCUGUCCGGAUAAACGAUGUUAGUGAUCGCAGACACAGCAUUUACCUAGCUAAUCGCUGACGCUAAUCUGUCCCGAUUUUAUAGGCCGUAUUUUUUAAAUUUUCUUUGUGAGUAAAUGUAAUAUAUUGUCGUGUUCUGUUCUCACCGACUUACGGUUGGUCUCCUGAGGUACCGUUUAAAUUGGUUCUAUUCAGUGACGGCCCUAGCAAAAUAUUUAGGUGGCGCGAGACUUCAAACUGAACUUCAAAGUUUUUUUUUACCCAAAAUUUUUCGAUUGGUUUACGGCCACCGAAAUUUACCUAUUUAAAUCUUUUAAAAAUGUUGUUUAUGGCCACGUGGUAUGAGUUUUAUGUGGCCGCAAUGUAACCCGAUGAAUUUAAUUUGCGGCCAGGGUGAACCUGUCUUGGUUGAUUUUGCUGGGACACACCUCGUACCGCGUUAGGGCUGCCACUGGUUGUAUUUGCCUUUAUAUGCUUCGUUGACCGAACAUACGCCUUUUUGAUCAACUUUUUUCGAUCUACGUAUGAUAUUUAUAACGUAUGCAUUUGCAGCAUUAAUUUAUUUAAUUUUCCAUUAUACAUUUAGUUAAUUGUAAAUAUUCUAAAUUACUUAACUUGAAUCUCUCAAUGACGAAUGUAUCUUUUGUAGGAUUGCUUUUGUUUUGUGUGUGUGCAGAUUUUAUCAAAAAUUAGGAGUAGACGUCUCGUAAAAUGGUACAAUUUAUUAUAAGGAACAAGAUCGGAAUGUAAGCGUGCAAUAACGUAAUAGCAAAAUUAAAACGUUCAUGAUUAUUUAUAAAACCAGUAACAAUUAUGAUAUCAUUUUUUAUAAAUUAUUUAAUUUACUGUACAUCACAAAAUAGUAUUAUAAAAAUAUUUCUCUUUAUUAGGAAAUUAGCAUAAGAAUAUAAUUUAGUGUAUAAUUUACAGUAUUAUUAUAAGAUUUGUAA